AAGAAGAAGAAGAAGAAGUUUUGACCAAAAGCGAUUUUUAUUUUAUUGGGCGUCGAUACUCAUUAUGUCUUUUGUCAGAGACAUGACCUUGAGACCUCUUCAGGCUUAUUUUACAUUCUUGUUUUAAUCUGCAGCUGUCUGUGACAUAUAGUUGGCAGCGUAACGCUUUCGUUUUCAGUCAGCCAAGAUACCCACAAGCACAAACGUCACCAUGGGGUUCCUGUUGUCUAAAUCCAUGGAUGCAAACUUGAAAAAGCAGCAGGAGUUCAUGCUUGUCAAUUCCAGGCUGCAGAUGGAGCGUCAGAUCCUGAUGCAGAACCAGAUGAGAGAGAGGCAGAUGGCCAUGCAGAUUGCCUGGUCCAGAGAGUUCCUCAAAUAUUUUGGCACUUUCUUCGCAUUGGCCACAAUGGGACUCACUGUGGGUGCCAUUAAGAAGAAAAAGCCAGGUCUGUUCGCUCCCGUCGUUCCCCUCAGCUUCGUCCUGGCCUAUCAGAUGGACAUGGCCUAUGGGACACUGAUUUAUCGUAUGAGAGGGGAGGCUGAGAGUAUCAUGGUCACAGAGCACGACCGCCUGCUCCUUCCUCAUGGGACUCCAACCUUUGACAGCAUAGAGAAGGCCCGCCGAGCCAAAUAACUGUACUGUCAUUAUCAUUAUUAUUAAUGUUAUUGUUAUUGCAUGGGGGUGAGAUAAUUUACGGUGGUGGUGCACGCCAUUUAUAAUUUCUUAUUUAUGUUUUGACAUCAAGUUGCUUUCUUUGCUUAGUGCAGUAGUCACUACAAAAAACAUGUUUUUAACGUCAAUAAAGAAUACAUUAUAUCGCAGA